AUGACGAUUAACACUCUAACUUUUGUGUUUCAUUGGAUUUUCAUGGUUCUAACAAUUCAUUAUACAAUAAUUGUAUUUGCUGUUCAAAAACUAUCAAACAACAGUUCAUUUUUCUAUAUUUUCAAAUAUGCUGCAAUUUGUGAUGUUUUCAGUUGCAUCGCAUUAGCAUGGAUCAAUUUAUUCCGUUCAACCCUUUUUUCACCAAUUUAUCUUUAUACUUCACAUUUGGCAGCUGCAAUUGAAUGUAGUUGUAUUACAAUAAGUCUUCUUUUAAAUGGUAUGAUGGCAAUCAAUCGAUAUCAUUCUACUUUUGUCAGUUAUAGUUUAUAUUGGAAAAUUAAUAAAUUACCAAAAUGGAUUAUUAUUUUAACAAUAAUCGGGCUAAUUAUCAAUGUUCCAUUUUAUCUGGAUGAUCGAGAUUUUGAAUUAGUAAAUGGUACUUCAUGGAAAAUGACUAGAUAUCCUUGGAAUACUGCAUAUAUUAAUUGGAUGCUUAAUGUAUUAAUUGCUUGUGUUCAAACUGUUGGAGUUAUUGCUACUGCUAUGACACUUUAUCGUCUUCAUGUUCAUAAUAUUGUUUAUACUCCAGAAAGAGUAAGUUUUUUUUGAAUAAAUGCAUACAUAGGUGGCAGCAAAUUAGUUAUUUUUUCAUGUUAUUUAGUCUCACAUUUACAGUAAUUUGCAAAGUAAAUGUUAACGAAAUCAUACAUCAUAACCUAAAUCAGAAAUCAAACUAUGUUCAAAAAAUAAUUGUUGAUUGUUAGUUUUGAAAAUUAUAGUAGUUCUGCCUUGUGAUAAGUUCAACUUUUUAGUCAUGCUAUGAAUAAUAAAAAUGAGAAUUUUCCUGACAAAAAUUAAAGUUGCUCCAAUAAUUUUUAUCAUCAACAUGGAAAUUUUCAAUCUUUUGCAAAACAAGAAGCAAAAAAAAUCUUUCAGAAUUUGAUCUACGUCACACUUGUUCAUAUAAUAGUCUACUUGAUUUUACUCUACGCAUAUUUAUCAGAAAUUUUCGAUCCAACCGGAAUCUCAUUUAUUCAGCGGAAUUUUGUAAGUUAAGAAGUGAAAAAUUUAUACAUUAUUAAAAUUAUUUUUGCAGAGUGUUGUUCUCGAAUUUCUUUCAAUUUCAAUGAACAGUGUUACAAUUAUUCUAAUCAAUCGAAAUAUUCGCGAAGAAUACAAAACUAUAAUCUUCUUCUGUACCAAAAAACGGCAUUCAAAUCCAACAGUUUCUGUUAUUUCAAUCACUCAACAUCCAACUGAAUACAGAGCAAUGACUAAAGUUGCAUGA